AUGUCUACGGCACAACCUCCUUCUUCUUCGAUUAACACUGUGACAGGGACAAAUGAUGCUGGACCAUCGACCUCUGCCAACACCUUACUUCUCCUUCCCCCUUCCCCAACGUCCUCUUGUUCGUCUUUAACGUCCGACGAAGUGACAUUCGAUCAUCUAGCUUCUGUUCAUCCGCAACCUCAAAGUCAAGACUCUCCAUCUGGUGAUGUGCACAAACCGAAACCACCCAUAUUGGGUUUAAGGGAUCUAGUAAAAAUGCAUCGAGCUGAAAAGGUUCAUAAACAACAAUCGCUUUCGUCCACUGCUCCCAUAUCGCCCAAUACGAUUGAGAUUCGAGAUGAACUUCCACCCUCGUACGUCGAGAACGAAGUUAGAAAUGUGGAAGGAGGAAGAGGUGGUAUAAGUGAUACACCUGAAGUGUUCGCUAGACAGGUAGUCAUUAGAGGUUGGAAAGUCGUAGGAGGCAAGGAUUGGAAGGAUGUAGCGAAACUUGGUGCUUAUGUCGUGUACGAGAUAGAUAUCAGUCUUAGGAAUGGCGGUAAUAUAGAGAUCCUUCGUCGCUAUACGGACUUUGUGAACCUUCGCAAUGCCCUAAAAGUCAAAUAUCCUACUCUGAAAGAUGCUAUACCUCAAUUACCAGGGAAAGCUCACUUCUCCAAAUUCUCACCUGAAUUUCUUGAACAACGUCAACCCCGCUUGCAGCGUUUCCUAAGGAGUGUCGUCCUCCAUCCAGAGAUGGGUAAAGGUGGUGAAAACUCUAUAGAGGAUGAAUGGAGAGUAUGCUUCUUUGCCCGUUUGUAA